ACUGGCGAACACUGAUCCUUACCGAAGGUUGUUCGAUCCGGUUCCCAUAGGACCCCCUGCCAUUAGCUUCCUGAUUGGGGUGGCCUGUGAGGAAGGGGUUAGUGGGGAGGGACCAGGGAGGCGCUUGAAGGGUCUUGAGGCAGGGGCUCUUUACUAUCUGGGUCAAAAGCAUGUUCAUACUUUAACAAUAGUAUGGCUUUUAGUAGAGAGAGCGUUCUACUUGAGGUCAACCCACGAGGUGGAGGGUGCUUUUGGGAAAGUGGCUGGGCUCUCAGCCAGCUGCCGGGGCCAGCAGCUGAAUUCCCGUAAGAGCUCUUGUGCAAGAAAGAGGAGGCCGCCCGGUUUUUUGUUUUUUGUCCGGCGUUGUCUGGCAAACCCCCUCUGCCUGACCUUUGUGUUACCCAACUGCUGCCUGGGCUUCAGGCAGUGGCCCUGCCCAGGUCCGGGAAGGGCCUGGGACAGAUAAGGUUUACGUCCUUUGGGGAAGAGUGAGGAGCUAGAGGACAGGACGUCCUGCUCAGUUUGAAUCUCUCCCCUUCUGUUUUUUGUUAAACUAUUCAGUUUAAGAGCCAAACCAGGAUGUGGCUGAAUUUAGGGAGGGGAGGAGCAGAGGCCCGGAAGCCUCGCUUCAAGCUGACACCCAGUGCCUUUUGCCGCUGGGUCUUUGCACACAGUCGGAACCUGCAGAGUAAGAAGUUCAGAUGUGGCUCUGAAAAGUUUCUGAUAUUCUUCAUGACACGCGUUAUCUACAAGACCACAUUCACCACUAAGCUGAGAAUCCCCCCCACCCAUUUUUACUGAUGUUUUCAACAGUUCAUCACAAAGAGACAACUUCCCAUGAAAUUCUUUUGACCCACUUCAAGAAAAAUAAGGUGGAGAUAGCGAAUGCAGUAACAAAGCCAUUUCCUUUCUUUGAGAGCCUCAGAGACCACUCCCUCAUCACUGAAGAGCUCUAUAAUGAUUCUCAAGAAGCUUGUAAAGACUUGGUUCCUGUAGGAAGAGUGGUGUAUCAUAUUCUCUGCCACCUUGAGAAGAUGUUUGAUUGGUCACUUCUACAAACUCUGUUCAGCAAGGUUCAUCUGAAGGAGUAUCCUGAUUUAAUUCAGUUUCAUAGAAGCUUCAAAAAUGUGAUCCAAGACAAACAUUUUUCCUGGGAAAGUGAUAGAGAAGAGACACACGAAAUGUCCAGCACUCAGCCAAGCUGUGAACGAGGGGCAGAGCUAUCCACACAUGAAAGUCCAGUGCAAUCUUGUGCUGUGGGUCUGAUGGGUAUGCAGAAGGCAAUUUGUCCCCUCGAGAUGAACGAAGGAGGCCAGCAAGCAAGGCCAGCACGUGACCAAGCACCGGAAAUAAUGGUGAUCAGCAGUGAAUCCAAUGGGCAGGAAGUGCCUCCGGAAGCCCAGAGAUCAGCACCAAGAUGUGGACCUGGUGAGGAGUGUGAGGAUGGCCAGCCUCAGCCUGCAGAGCACCUGGCAUCUGAAUUCAGAGCUCCUGUUUCUUGACGUGUUUUACUUUAAAAAAAUAAUAGUUUUUAAAAUUGAUUUCAGAGAGAAGAAGAGAGAGAGUAUCAUC